AUGGAGGGCCUCUCUGACCUCAAUGCCAAUGCCUCAGAGACUCGUCACAACCCCAACACCCAGGCUGACCUUCAUCAUCUACCAGAACAGCCCAGAAGAUCUCUGGAAAACCAGAAUAUGCCCUUUAAGCAAGCAGUGAACAUUCUUCCUGGAUCCAUCCAGAUCCAGAAACAGAGAGCCUUGGUCUUACUAUACUUUGGACUCAUGGGACUGUGUUGUGUGGCAACUGGUGGCUGCAUUAUAUUUAUUCACUGGAGGAAGAAGCUGCAGUGGGACAAGUGUGCCCAGCAGUGGAUGGAAGUGAUGAAUGGUUCCACCUUCAUUUACAAUUCACUCUUGUACUGGAUAAAUAUGCAGAGACGCCAUGGUAUCAAUGCAGCUAUCAAAAUUGGCCCUCCCACAGCUGUUACCAACACUGAGAUGAAAGACCAUAUUCCAGACUGUCUGUGGGAGUCAGACACCCCUGAAACCAGGGAUUUUAGCCUCAGAGGCAGCAUCCCCAGGGCAGAGACCCCUGUUGCUAUGCAAGCUGCUCUGGUGGUCUCAGGGCAGCCCACAUCUAAUCAGAUGCCACAGCACCAGACCAGAUCCCCAUUCCCGAUUCCUAUCUUUCAGGAGAUACCCUUUGCCCCAUCCCUCCACAAAAUGCCUCCAAUGCUGGAGCACACUGUCUCCUACCUAUUGGACAUCUAUCCUGAAAGGAAUGUCCACUACCAUUCCCUUCCCACACUAGCCCUGAAAAGAACUGUUUCAAUGCCAAGGUUUUGCUUUAUAUCUGUAUCUUCCACUCACUGA